AUGUCUAUGGUUGAAAGUCUGCCACAAGGAACACAUUACAUACAUGAACUUAUACCAGAAGUUAAAAUAUUUUAUAAACUUAAUAGUUUACUAAUUAAUAUGCCAAUAAGAAAUAAUGCGGAACAAGAUUUAAUUGUUGUCGCAGCUGAAUAUAAUAAUCAAAAACGCUAUUUUUUAAGUCUUACUUUUGACGAAUUAUCAAAAUUGUUACAUUUUCUAAAACCAUCUCAGCGUACAUUAUAUGAAGUUCUUUGUCAAAAUAAAUCUUGUAAACUAUAUGUUGAUUUUGAUAUAUAUGUCGAAAACUCUUUCGAUUUAAAUGUUGAAGAAUCUUU